CUGCACAAACGCGAAACCGCGCGCGCAUAAACUUCGCUCCUCCACCGCCUUCCCAUCUUCACGCGUCCCUCCUUGCUCUUUGAUAGCCCAACAACCAAAUGUACUCCUCCACGCUAAAUCACCAAUCAAUCAGCAGUAAACUCGCAAGUCGGCGACGGAACCUGUCGCCUGGACCCGCUGCUGCUGCUGGUGCUGCUAAUGCUGCUGCUGCGAACGCUGCUGCUGCUGGUAAUCCAGGCGCGCCGGCUGCGGGUGGUUUGAAUGCGACUGGUGCGCGCGCGGGUGCUCAGGCGAGAAGAAGGGAGUUGACUGAGGAGCAGCGACAUGAGAUUGAAGAGGCGUUCCGGAUAUUCGACAUGGACGGUGACGGCAAGAUUGAUUAUCACGAAUUAAAGGUCGCGAUGAGAGCCCUCGGCUUUGAAGCAAAGAAAUCAGAAGUCGCAGACAUCCUCCGCGACAACGAACGUGGCUCCCCAGGCUUCAUAACCUUCGACUCCUUCUUCCGCGUCAUGUCGGAAAAAAUCUCCCUCCGCGACCCCCUCGACGAAAUCCGCCGCGCAUUCGCACUCUUCGACGAAGACCAAACCGGCAAAAUCUCCCUCCGCAACCUGCGCAAGAUCGCAAAGGAGCUCAACGAGAAUUUAGAAGAGGAAGAGCUCGAGGCUAUGAUUAAUGAGUUUGAUCUCGAUGGUGAUGGCGAGAUAAGUUUGGAUGAGUUUAUCGCUAUUUGUUCUGAUAAGUAAUUGCUUCUUCUCAUUGAUUUUCAGCAGUUGGUGUAUAUUAGUAUUAGUUGUCUUUGUCUUGUUGAUUUACGGUCCGGUGUAUCUUAUUGUUAUCUUCUAAUUCACUUCUACUCUCUAUCAUC